UUCUGUUCUGACCCGCGGACGACGGUGGAUUCCCGUCGCAGGCUCGCACCGCGAGAUCGUCGACUCCCCAUGUCCCCCGCUCGUCGGCACACAGGCUCUCUUCGAUUCCUUUGCCGAUUCGCCGCGAUCCACUAUGCAUUGCAUAGGGCACGGCGUCGGCAUGGGCACCGUCGUCGGCAGCGGAAACUCCUUCCUCCUGCAAAAACACCUGGUAGUGGGUCAAAGGUUCCAUCCGCUGAAACAGAUGCUGCAACCUGCCAACAAGGUCAAGGUGCCGAAAAUAUGGGACGCCAACUUGGUUUUGAGGAACUCCCAGAGGACAUCUUGCAUCGUAUACAUUCUCUCCUGCCAAUAGAAGAUGCUGCUCGUGCUGCCUGCGUGUCCCGUGGAUUUCUGCACUCCUGGAGACACUAUUCCAACCUCAUACUCAUUGACAAUGCCCUUUGUUUUGAUGACGAAAAUGUUGAGGAAAGAACAACCGAUUUUAUUCUCAGAAUUGACAAAAUUCUUAGAAACCAUUAUGCCAAUGGGGUGACGGUGAAGACACUUCGACUUGAACUUAUCAAUUGCAGCAAUAUCAAGGGCUCCUACCUGAACAGGUGGCUCCGAAUCACCAUGAAGCCUGGGAUCCAAGAACUUUGCUUGGUGAUGCCUUCAGUCAUGAGAAAAAGCUACAACUUUCCCUGUUCGGUAUUAUCUGAUGAGGCAGCUGCAACUUCAAUUCAGUCUCUUAGCCUCUUGGCUUGCGCAUUUCAUCCCACAUCAACACUUGGUUGCUUGAGAAGAUUGAAAAGUUUGCGUCUGUCUUUUGUCCAUAUUGCCGAUGAAGAAUUAGGGCACUUGCUCUCGAAAUCAUCCACCCUUGAGCGGUUUGAGCUCUUUUAUUGCAGUGGGAUAACUUGCUUGAAAAUACCCUAUACGCUGCAACAGCUCAAGUUCCUCAGCGUUAAAUAUUGUAAGAUGGUGCAGGUGAUACAGAUAGAUGCUCCACAACUCUGCUCUUUUCACUAUGACUUGACCCCAGUUAUCUAUGUCAGAAAUUCUUCGCAACUUAAAAAUGUUAACAUUUCGGCUGUUGGCCCAUCUAGUAUUCUCUCUCAUGCUCGCUUUAGCCUUCCGUCCAUCGCACAAAAUGUUGAGAGCCUCACCCUGUGCAGUUGUUGUGAGGAUGCCAACACUCCCAUGCUGUCAUCCAAGCUCCCCCACCUCAAGAACUUGGAAAUUAUACUCAGGCACUACUUCUCCCCAAACUAUGAUGUCUUCUCUCUGGUUUCUUUUCUUGACGCUUCCCCUGCCUUGGAAUCUUUCAUCCUACGCCUAGAGCAGGAUGCCUUGAUGCGGGUUCCAGGUGUUGGAGAUGACAAUGAAUACCGACAACAGAAUCCGGAGUGUCGGCAUAACAGCCUUAGGAAGGUGAUGAUCACGGGAUUCUGUUCGGCCAAGAGCCUGGUUGAGCUCACAAUUCAUAUCCUCGACAGAACACAUUCACUCGAGCGCCUAACGCUGGACAUAACCUAUGGCUACGAUAGACGGACUUGUAACAUUGGCAAAUUCCCGACAGCAAGAACAAUUGGCCAAUGCUGGCCGAUUAGCAAGAGAGCUCUCGAGGAAGCUCAUAGAUCCGUGGAGACUGCGGGUAGAUACAUCAAGGAAAGAGUUCCCUCAUCUGUUCAAUUCGAGGUUCUGGGGCCCUGUAGUCGAUGCCAUAUCGGGAAGUAGGUACCGGUAGAUCAGUGAUAUAGUGGCUUAUGUUUCUCCUUCUAGCUA